AUGGGUGCUGGAAUCAUGCAUUGGGAAGUGUACAGCGACGGCGCGAAGAACGGCUACACCAUUGUUGGAGGCGAGUGUCCAACUGUGGGCGCGGUGGGCGGAUUCCUGCAAGGCGGCGGCGUCUCGAGCUUCCACAGCUUCACAAAAGGCCUUGCAGUAGACAACGUCUUGGAAUAUCAAGUGGUGACUGCCAAUGGUGAACUCAUCGCAGCAAACGAAAAUCAGAAUCGAGACUUAUUCUGGGCUUUGAAAGGAGGAGGAGGUGGUACCUUUGGGGUUGUUGCUCAAGCCACAGUUCGCGUGUAUCCUGAUGAUCCUAUCACAGUCGCCGCCAUAAGCAUAUCGACGUCUCUCACAAACAGCCUAUUUUGGACUGAAGGAGUCAGUGAGCUUCUACGUCUCUUGAGCAUUUUCAAUCAGCAGGGAUUUCCGGGUCAGAUCGUCGUCAUGGGUCCAAACCAAGGUUCUCUGCAGGCCACGUUGGAAUUCCACUUUCCGAACACGACCGACGAAUCAUACGUAAAUGGAUUGCUCAAUUCACAAAUGAGGCCUCUGUGGGAUCAUAAAAUUUCGACAAACUUGUCUAUCAGGGUGCAGAAAAAGGCAAGUUCCGAGGUUCGACUUGGUCCAGAUACUUAUCCACCGCAGUACGGGAUUGUACAAGGAUCUGUCCUGAUCUCUGCCGCACUUUUCAAUUCUGCGGAUGGUUCCCCUCUGAUUGCAAGGAACUUUUCCAACUUAAACCUGGGACCGAAUGAUAUUCUUUUCACUAGUAAUCUUGGUGGUCGUGUCAUGGAUAACAGCGAUAUUGAUAUCCCCCUCCAUCCAUCUUGGCGCUCUGCAGCCCAGUUGGUCACUUUGGUACGCGCAGUCGAACCGUCAAAUAAGGGGAGGCUGUCCGCUUUAGAAACACUUCACUCACAUGAUAUGCCAAUUUUGUACUCACUAGAGCCGAAAAAUAAGGUAUCGUAUCGUAAUUUGGGUGAUCCCUCCGAGAACGAGUUUCAGAGUAGAUACUGGGGGUCAAACUACAAGCGUCUCGCCUCCAUUAAAGAAAGAUGGGACCCGGACGAAUUAUUCACCACUAGACUCGGGGUAGGAAGCGAAGAGUGGGAUACUGAAGGGAUAUGCAGAAAGUCUAUUGGCCUUGUGGCUCGAGUUAGUGAGCUGCUCCGACUCUCGAGUAGAUAG